UGGCCGGAGGAAACCGGAUUGUGACAUUGCAGACAUCUUUCAGAGAUCACCCCAUAACCAAAUACAGGACAACUACACAUACACACUCACAGAGGGACAACAAUGUCAGCAGUCGUACAGUCCGUAAAUGGCUUCCUCGGCAGGAACCGGCGGAAGUUCUACUGGCUCGGGGGGACAGCCAGCGCAGGCUACAUGCUCAUAAAAUAUGCGCAAUGGAAGUGGUCCGAGUACCAACAGCGACGGGAACUGGAGCAGACCGCAAAGUCAAAUGUGAAGAGACGGUUCGAGCAAAACCUCCAAGACUGCACCUUCGCCGUCGCGUCGCUUCUCCCAACGCUAGGGGAGCAACUGUUUGAGGGGCUGAAUGUGGAGCUGAUUACGGCGCAGCUGCAGCAGUGUCGGCAGGCGAAGAAUGAGGCGGGGAGGGAGUCGCCCGAUGGGUCGGUGGCGACGUCGGAGGAGGGGUCGUCGAGUAGGAAGACGAAGAUUGAGCUGUGGGAGGAAUUGAAGAUAUUGAGCUUCACACGAACAAUAUCCGCCGUCUACCUCGUCACCCUCCUCAUCGUCUUCACCCACCUGCAACUCAACCUCCUCGGUCGCUUCUUCUACCUCGACAGCGUCGUCGCCUUUGCCCCGCAAGUCGACGACGACGCCGACACUCCCGGCGUGGUCGUCGCCGCGAAAAAGACGGUGACGGAUGAGACCGAGCGCAAGUAUUUGACAUUUAGCUGGUUUGUUCUGAAUGUUGGGUGGAAAGGGUGUGUGGAGAGGGUGAGAAGGGCGGUGGGGGAGGUUGUGGGGAGCAUGUCGUUGAAGGAACCGAUAACCUACGACGUGAUGUUGAACAUCAUCAGCCAGAUUAGGAGCCAAGUGGAGGGAGACGGGUUCAGUGAAAAGGUAGCAUCGUACCUCCUCCCAGAAGAAGGGACAGAAGAAGAAGUCCUAAGCGCCAGCGGCGGCGACGACGAGGAGUUCACAAUGGACGAGGAGCUGGACGUGCUACUGGACGAGACGCGUGAUUUCGUCGAGAGCACGGACUUUUCCCACGUCCUCCACUCCUCCCUUGACGAAGCCUUCGACCUCCUCGCCAAACAGUUCCGCCCUACCUUCAUCACCGACCAACACGCCCACUCAUCUGUCACAGAACUAGCACCAGGUCAACAACAACUGGAUGUGGGGCCGGUGAAUAAGGGCAAGACGUUACUUUUGGCGGGCGCGAUACCCGUCGUCAGCCGGGUUGCGCAUAGUGUGUUGAACGGGGUGCCAAAUAUCUUCUUGGAGGCAUUGUCAGCCCAACCGGAACUCAAGGCCUUCUCGGUUGUCAUGUAUACAGGGUGGGAGGAUCGGGCACCAUGAGUGAGCAACCCAUGUGGCUCCUGCAGAUAGUCCUCACCCCCGCCGUGUACAUAUAUGGCUGCCUAUUCUGCGAUUUAAUGGCGGUGUAUAGCGGAGAACGACCUGUAUUUCUGGGUCAUACAUAUGCAUAGGCCCGGUGGCCGGUGGUGCAUGUUAUAUCAUUUACCACAUGUUCGAUAAUGUUUGUGGGCAUGGAUGGAUUCACUC